CACCAAUCUUGCUCACCUAAAACAAUGAUAAUUUGGCUCUCGCGACUUUCCUAAUUACUUCAAGGGACCUACGCGGUCUCCUUCGGAUUGCGCACACUAGCAUUACUACAACUGAUCGCGACAAAAAGCACAAUGGCACCUGAACCCCCUCAACCUUUCCCAGUCGCAAAAAACCGCGAUGCGAUCGCAAACACACUCUCACUCCUCCUCGCCUCCAGGACAUCCAUAGGAAAAUCUAUGCCCCUUACUCGAGAUCUACCGCGCAAGCAACGCACUGUACCACUCGACAACGAUGAUGAUCUUACCCGUGGCGCACGGCCAAACGAAGGAUUAGGCUAUGUUCCUGAGAAAAAAGACGUUCAAAAGUUUGCAAAUUCAAAAGAGGAGAGAAUGCUAAGGGGCAGGUUGAACAGAGAUGCCAAGGGCAAUCUCAAGAAAAAGGCUGAAGAGAGCGAGAGUGAGGAUGAAGCUGGACGAAGUGCGCUGGGCAAAAGAAAGAGGCCUCGGAAGGAGAAGGAGGUUGAACCGGAGCCAGAGUCUGAGAAUCCGACUGCUCCUGUUACAAUUGGGGAUAAGGAGAAGAACGAAAACGGAGGAGAGCCUGAGGUGGAUGUGGAUAUGAAGGACACUGCAACACAUGAUGAUCCUAGUUUGGGCGAUGGGCAGACAGAAAAGAAGCGGAAGAAGAGCAAGAAGAAGAAGAAGCAAAAGACAGCACCGGCGGUGGCAGAGUAGAGGCAUAAGAACGUUCACAUUAGUUUCAUAUCAAGAUACCCAUCUAAUAGAGGCAUAAAGACUUGACAAC